UUAAGCUCUGUUUCCCAGUCCGCUGAGUUUUCCUGAUCCCUCGUCACAUGGUUUGUCAUUACCGUGCCGAGCACAGGCCCUUCUUUGGACUGCCAUCUGAAAUUUAAAUGGACGUGUGGAGGAGGCACGGCAGAGCGGAGUCACGGGGGACCUUCCCUUACUCGGAAGCAGUAACACAAGAGGGAAAAUAAACAUAAGGAAAAGUAGGACGAAGCGGCUGCGAUGUGCGUGCGACGUCUUCUGGUCAUGGAAUAAGUUUUUUGGGCCCCUUUGCUUUUUGGGAUCGCUUCUGUUGAAAUAUUUUAGGAUAUACAAAUUGGGAAAAUAAAUGAACGCUGGAUUUAUUGAUGAAAUUGUAGCCCCUCUGGCAAAGAACUGCCAUACCUUCAUCCUCAGUCUAACAGGUUUUCUACACAACUGUCCAGAUGGGUUGCAGUUGCUGUAGGAUGAUAAAAAGUUACAUCCAUGACCCCUCAAUUCCUGUAGAAGUUCCUGGUCAGAAGCAGGACCCCAGCAGCAGCUAUCUGUAUCAAUCUCACAGAUUUCCAGAGGAGGUGGAUCACGUUCACAAGAAGCAGGGCUUCCACAACCUGGCAUACAGCACCCACCCCAGUCCGACCAAACUCGACAUAGACAACAACCACAUCAACCGCCUCCAUGCUAACAUUCCAGGCGAGCAGAUCCUAUCGAGCCCAGCAGAGAUUGACCCGAAUCUUUACAUCCUCCAGCCCGAGAACGAGGGGACACCCAUAAAAGACGCCCACACCUUACACACCAACUCACCCAUACAGAACCAGUCUUUGUUGGGAACGGAACCAGGCAAACGAGUGGACCGAUUCCGAGACUCUGGGCUUGGCAGCGGAGGUAUAACAGAUGGGACAGAGGGAUCGGAUGGAUAUCCCUAUGGACAGGAGGAUGAAGAUGGGGACAGGAAGAGCAGGCUGGCCGGUAGUCCGGACACGGCCGAUGAGGAGAGUGUGCUGUCUGUGGACAUACACACCAGCAGUACGAGCCUCUCCUCAGCAGACACAAAGCUCAUGAUAGAGGACAGAGAAAAGGAAGAACCCUCAAUCAUGAGAGGAGAGCAAGAGAGAGGGAAAGAGAUCGAUUGUGUGAGCAUCACAGACUCAAUGGUAGCAGAGGCCUUGGCCGCUCUCGAUGCUGCAACUGCGGGAGAGGAUUCAGAGUGACAGUCAGGUGACGCACUAGUUAAUGGUGACUACAAGGGAGAUUUCCAUACUCGCUCUCGCGCUCACCCUUCAUAUUUGAAUACAGCCAAAUAGUUGUUCUCAUGACAUGAAGCUUUCCUGCAACCUGUCUGUAGUUACUUUUAUUUUGAAUAGAAAAUAAAAAAAUCUAAUGAAUACUAGAUAAAAGGAACUGCUGGCUGUUUACACAACAAAAACGUACCACUUAUGAGACUUACUUAAGCAAAUGAAGGUCAUCUGUGUGAUUCAGAGGCAUGGACAAACUCAGUUGUCAGACCAAACAGAAAGUACUGUUGCGUGAAUUUCCUCAGUGCUGUUGUGUACACAGCAUCAAAAUGAAGUAAGCUCCAUUUCUUAUUGUCGAAUAUUAUUUCUGCUCCAUAAUAUAAUGAAAGUACCUUUCUUCUGUAAUAUCUGUUUGGAGGUGGGGCUAAAUCAAUCUAAGCACUACAUAACAACUAUUUUCAUAUAUUUUCUAUAAAAAAAGUGGUGAAAAACAAAUAAGCCAGUGUCCUGGUGUAAGGUACUUCUGUGCUUAUUGUACUUUUAGAGAAUCAAGUUAAUUCAGUCUCAACAGAUCUAUAUGAUAUUUCUUGCUUGUUACACUGUGAAUGCAUAAUCAGUACCCUCAUAGAGCACAUAAAUGUACAGCAAUAAUUGUGGUGAAUCUCAUGAAAAUAUAUUUCAAACCUAAGCUAAAAAAGGAAAUAAUAUUUUGCAUAAAAUGCAAGUUUAUUCUGUAUUUUUAAUUCUUAAAUUUAGUUUGAAAUGUGAGGGGGAAUUGCAUGAAAUCGUGACUGCAAAGAAUCUUAAUAUUACAGUGCAAAAAAAAAAAAUCAUUUUUUUCCUUUAGAUUAUGAAAUAUGAGCCUUUCAUGGUAGAUUUCAUGAGAUUUAUCCUUGUAUAUUUAUGUUCAUGUUGCACUUUAUACGUUUUAAAAACUGUAACGGGUUGAGGAAUCAGGCCAGUGAAGGUAGUUGAUGCUGUAUACUGGCUGUAUUCUGUAUUCAUAACUAGUCCUGGUUAACUAUCAGAGGCCUGAUGAAAAAGAAAACUACUCAUUUAAUUGUACCCUAUGACACUCAUAUUUCUCAUGCAGACAUUUCUAGAGAUUUUUUUAAUACCUUUAUGAAGGUCAUUGAGUAUUCCCAAACAUUUCACCAAGUAUGCAUUGGUUGAACUUUAUGUGUUGGUCAGAAUCAUGUCUUCUAAACCUUUUAUUGAGUAAAUGUGAUUGACAGGAAAUUAUUUUCUAAUGAUGACAUUUUGACCACUUAAUGAUUUGAAUCCAGUGCAAAUUCACAGUGAAUCUGCUGCUUAUAUUCCAUUCUUUCUGCUUUUACCAGAGGACAGAAUUGUCACAUGAACCAGUGGAAAAUAAAAACAAUGUGCUUGAUCAUAAGACUUGCGAUGUAAUCUGUUGACAUUUCUGUCUUGUGGAUAAUGAUGCUGUAGGGCCUUUUAUAUAACCUAAUGAUAUCUCCCUCCAGCCCUCACUGGCCACUCUCCUGAAGUCUAUGACUGCUAUAUUGUGCUGAAACCCAAAGAGAUCAGAUAUUGGGAAUUGUGAGGUUUGUAUACAAUUCUGCAAAUGUCUCAUGACAAAAUACUAAAACAUGAUACAGAUGUUAUGCACCAUUUUAUAUUAUGAGUGUGAACAUAAGCCACCUUGGACUGGGUAUAAUAUCAUAUGCAACAAUUAAAUGGCUUGAGUAAUGAAGUGUUUAAAAAUGAUUUCUUCCUUUAGUACUGUAGUCCAUUUCAAACUCUUUUUGUCUUUUCUCUUUCGUAGUCAGCUGUUUUGAUACCUCUCACUUUUUCAUGAUUUGCUUGUACAUUUGUAUUCAAUCUUAGUGAAAAUUUAAGCUUUGCAAUUAUUUA